AUGAUAUCAGUAGCAUUUCAUGGAACAAGAGCAUAUCUUAUAGACAAAAGUCUUAUACCAAUAGUUUUGUUAUGGUUAGACCCAGUUGUUGGAUAUAACUUCAUAACAUAUGGUUCAUUCGAUACUGAACGUUGCAGUGAAGGCUUACUUUACAUCGUUCAGAAACCGAAGGACUUCAACACAAAAAGAUAUAAGAUAGGAAGGACAUAUAAUAUAACUCAAAGAUAUGACAGUACAGUCAAUAGAGUCAAGGUUGUGUUUGUUAAUGAUAUGAGAGCUGCUGAAACAGAACUGCUUGAAGUUUUUGAGAAAAUGUAUGGUGCUCCCACGAAAGGUAAAGAAACGUUUGAAGUAGAUGAGAUAGAUAAAGCUAUAAAAUUAUUUGACGAAGUUGCUGAAAAAUACAUGUAA